UUAAGUAAAUUGUAUGAGAUGGGCAACGAGUCUGACAGAAAGUUAUUUAUUGAUAAAUUAUUAUCCUUUAAUGAAGAUAAAGGUGCCCCAAUAACUGGCAUGCCUGCUAUCAGUAAACAACCAUUAGAUUUGUACAAAUUGUAUCAUUGUGUCAAGGAACGAGGGGGAAUGAUUGAGGUGAAUAAAGUGAAGAAGUGGAAAGAAAUCUGUACCAUUGUAAAUAUCGGAUCAUCUGCUAGUGCCGCUUUCACCUUGAAAAAGAAUUAUAUCAAAUAUUUAUUUCAUUUUGAAUGUCAUUAUGAUAGAGGUGGAAUGGAUCCUCAGCCUAUCUUAGCUCAAAUGGAGGCAGCUCUAGCACAGAAACGAGAACAGAAAAAUAAACGAGCACCUUCACCAGGUAUGUAA